CACAAUUUUGCAACUUUUCCCAAAUCAAAUCCACUUCCAAUAAUGAAAAUUUUCAACAAAAUUCUAGCGUUUUUUUCACACAACAUUCAUCGCCAAAGUAGUACUUUUGGCCCGCCAAAGAUAUUAAACCCUGAGCACUAAUACCCGGUCGCGUCCUCCCGCAGAACGGAUUCUUGCAUGUGGACUGACUAAGCAAAACACGCACAACUUCUACCCAAGCAGACCAUCAUACUAUCGUAUCGAAGAUGCAGCCCGCCCUCCAGGUCGGCGAUGCAAACCAGAGCCUCCUUCUUCAGCCAGCCACGACCCCGACUUCCUCCGAGGCCGUCGUGGUGACUACCCCGGUGGAGCAGAUUAACAAGCAGCACAUCUCUCCGACGCUGCGAAAGGAGAAAUACGGCGAAACAGUGAAAUCCCCCACCGCGCCCGACGCCCCAAAAAGGGAUAAGCUUUGCCGCGCCGGCGGCUCACGAAACGGAAACAACGACUCCUACGCCCGGCACAUUUUCGACCUCGCACCAAAACUAAGAUCGGCGGAAUCGAACGAAUUGCUCGACCACAGCUCGUAUCAAAUGCAACUUUCCAUGGGUCUAGAACAUGGCAACUUGUCAUGCGACAUCAGAAUCAUGCAAGAAUCUGUGUUGCAUGAGUACCAAAAGCCAACCAUUUUUGACCAAGGCGACAGGGAGUUUGUUCUCAUGCAGAAUAGGCAUGGCAGAGAUCUCACAGAAUCUGUCAUGCUAGGUCCUGCAUUCCAGACCUCAUGGGUCAUAGAAAACCUGCAUUACAAAUCGCGCACUCUUCCAGACCCAGACAUAUUUGCAGUGCAUAGUUCCGAAAACGAUGCGGAUGACGAGCACGAGAAGGUGGAAGAUGGCGCGGUGGGGAUGGAAGUGACAGAAUCUGCCGGUGGCCUAUCAAAUGCAAAUAUGUCUCGGUGGUCUGGAAAUAUGUUAUGACAACAGUUGUCAUGCGUCAGCUUUGGAAGGAGCCACGCAGCGAACGCUCACCAUGCGCAGCCAAGCAUCAUGAGAAGUUUUUGUCAUACCUGUGUGCUGCAUAUAAUUGUGCGUGACAAAGUGCGUUUCAUUCACAUGACAAGCAAGCGGACCCAUUCGCUGGCUAGCAUGACAGAGUUCAUCAGGGACAGACCAGGCAACCACGACAAAUCUUGCAUUCUUCCAGACCUAGAAAGACAUAUUUGCGUUUGAUAGAACCUUAACAACAACAAUCUAGACGACGGUUUGUUUUCCUCCAUGGAAUCGGGGAUCAUGGAUUUGGAUUCGCCCAUAGAAGUAGACAACAACGGGGAUAAAAAAGAUACCAACGGGAAUCAUGACAAAGGAUUACGAGAAGGUGGAGCAACAGCAAAUGCAAACAUCAACAUCGCAAGAACCACUUCCCCGACUGCAACGGAUGAACUACAACAAACCAGUAUCAUCGAAAACGACAACAAUACCUCUUUUGUAAUGAUUGGACAGGAAGACUCUGUACUCGGCCUAGAACAGCCCUUCAGCCACACGAACAAUGUGAUCACGAUGAACAGCAACGUCCUCCACCUGGCGGGGUUGAAGGGGUUGGACGCGUUCGACUUGGACAGUUCCCGGAAUGACAGUGUGAUCAACAUGCAGGUGGAACCGUCUUUGGUGGUGGAUUCGGUCGAGAACAACAGGAUAAAUAUGACCAGCUCGAUGGACUUGGAACCGACAACAAACACAGCAGCUACUAGGCCAAAAACGGGCGAAGUAGUAGAACAAAAAAACAACCGUGGAGCAGGAGGUUCUUUAUCUUUAUCCCCACCACCAAACCCACGAGGCGUGCUCCCCCCGCCACCCAGACGGAGCGGUGGAACUACAGCUGGGAAUAAAGUAACAAGCGACGGGAAAAAUUAUAAUCAGGAUUUGGACAAAUCCCUCGAGAUUGACCAGGGGAACAGUCGCAGUAACUCCCCAGUUAUGCAAGAAUAAAACUGUGUGGCUGUAAGUCUGUGAUGCAGAAAAUACAAAACUGUCACACUUGUCAUGCUGGAUGUGCGUCAUAGGCUACUUCCAUACGUGUUUCCACGUACUAGCUGCGCAUGACAAGUUUUCCCUGUAAUGCAGAACGAAUUUGUGAUCCUGCUCUUCCUACAGAGUUACACUUACACAGUUUUUUUUCUGGAUACCAGUGUUAGGCGUAGAAGGACCAACAUCGAGUACAACUAAUGUUGACAUCAACACGGACAAGAACAACAGCACAAGCGGCAAUACAAUUCCAGUUUCCAGUUGUGGUGCUGGAGCUGGUUCAACUUCAACUUCUUCCCAACAGCAGCUCCACCAAGCCAGACUGGACGCGAUGCAAACUUCUCCGGGAACAACGUCAACCGCUGCAGUUCAUCCUGCCGCUCCAUCGAAAGUGAAUCACUCCUCCCCCCUUACCGGCGUGCAUCGGCAAACGUGGAAAAAGGACGACUACGAAAACGUGGAUAAAAGCGGAGCUGCGGGGUACAAGAAGGGUAGUACUUCUAUGGGUCAUAUCAUGGGCCCGCCGAUGAUGAUGUCGCACAACAAAUCCAGCGGAAGUAGCAAGUUUCACAAGGGCGGUGGAAAGGGGAAGUUCUUUUCAUCAAAGUCGAAGGAAAAAGAUUUUUACAGCAACAGUCCGUAUAAUAGCAGUAGUUGGAAUUACAAUUAUGGCACCAGUCCGAACACUGGAAAGUUGAACUACGACUACCCGAGCAAUAGUUUCGAACAACAACCAGGAAGUGGCAGCUUCGAUUUCAGCAUGGCAGGCGGGUUAGCAUCUUCCUCUUCUUCUUACCAACAUUUCUACAACGGGCAGCAUACUACAGCGCAGCACUACGCGGGAGGAGGUGCUAUCAGUAGCACUAACUCUCUAUCAACUGUAAAAAUGUCUGGGUCUGGAAGAAUGCAUGUUUGUCAUGCUUGUCUGGCAUGACGCCUAAAUCUGGCAUGCGCGUUACCCAAGAGCCCCACUUUUCUGUGAUGCAGAAACGCAGUUUGUCAUGCAGAAUAGGCAACACCUAGAAGCUCAGAAACUUGUCAUGCUGCGCCAGCACUUGUGGCCUCAUCAUGAGACGCCACCCAGCAUCACAAAUUUCCAGACCCAGACAUUUUUACAAUCCAUACUCUCCCGCCCUCGGACACCCACAGGUUGGGGCGGUUCCGUAUCAAAAGGAAAAAUCCCUCCUCACCAUAUCGAAAAGGUAUGUCCUCGAAAAUUUGCGUUGCUGAUUUGUGACCACAAAUCGGGUCUAUCUUGCAAGGAGGCACACUCAGGCUGUCCGCCACGUUAUGCAGGCGGUUUGUCAUGCUGUAAGGCCUACAGGGUAGCCGUCUACCAUGCUAGGCGCCUACACCAAAAGGCCACCACCUAGGCGCAAGAUCUGCGGGCAUUUCUGUACAGCAACACAAAUUUGAUUUGUGUAUCCAAAUCCAGCAUCAGAAGUUUCGUUUUGAUAUAGGGAGAGGGGGUUUUUCCUUUUGAUAUUCCGAGCACGAUGAGCAUGCGCGUGAACGUUUCGACCCCAAUGUUCGGCACGACCGGUGAAGACGAUGAUUUGACGUAUUUUUUGGACCAGUUGGGCGGGGCUGGUGUUCCUGGAACGAGUAGCACACCGACGCCGAGCUUGGUUGCCGCUGUAAAUAACUCCGUCUUUGCGCAGAACUCGCCGCUGUUUGCGGAUGAUUUGACGGGUUUUUAUGGCGGCGGGGCAGCUGGUGCAGCAGCUCAACAUGCGGGUAGUUUUAAUACUACAGGAGGGCUCAACAAGUCCGAGGCGAAUUAUUGGAACAAGUUUGAUCAUGCUGCACCUGCAUCUGAUGAUCGUCCAUUGGGGAUGAACACGAACAACAACGCAUCUUCCUCCACUGGCUUGCAGAUCCCGAUUCCCACCACCGAUGUCUCUAUGAUGUCGGUAGAGGACCUGUUGAACAGCAGCAGCCACAGCUUAUCACCGGAAAUAUCAAAUGCAAAAAUGUCUGGGUCUGGAAAAGUGUAGACUUGUCAUGCAGAUUUUCCAUGACCCAUGAGGUCUGGAAUGCGGAACUUAGCAUGACAGACUCUGCGAGGUCUCUGCCAUGCCUAUCCUGCGUGAGGAACUCCCUUCCAACUUGGUCAAAAGUGGACAGCUUUUGGCACUCAUGCGGCACAGAUUUUUGCAUGCUUCAGAUUUACCAUGACAAGUCGCAAUCUUCCAGAUCCAGACAUUUUUGCAAUUCAUAGGAAAAAAACUUGAACAACCUCUCCGGCGAGGAUCUGCAGCAGCAACUAGGACUACUGGACAGUCACUGGGGCGGUCAACCUGAGCAAAAGCUGCAUCUUCACAAGGCCGCGGGGGGUAUAACAAAAACACCUUCUAAUGGUAGAACAGCACCCGCCUCUUCUUCCGCACCUCCAGCGGACUACAACUUUCUCCAGCAAAUGCUAUCCUGUGCAAAAGUAUCGCACUCGUAGUAAUCGCAGUCAUGCAUUACAAAUCUUCAUCCCAAGGUAAAACAGCAUGACAAAUUCCAUUUUUCAUGCUGAGCUAAUUUGUCAUGCCAUUUAUACUAGUACGAUACUUCUGCAGUUCAUAAUUGCUCUUGUUCAACAACGAGGCAACCCACGACCCGGUGCCAAAAGUAGUAGUACCGCCGAGGAGCGCUUCUCUCGCUGUGGAGACGGAGAAUUUAGAGCAGACAAACAAUAGCAAGUGGUUAUUCUGAGGACAAAUCCCCCCUCCCCAUAUCGAAAAGGUGUGUUUCCGAAAAAUUGUGUUGCUGAUUUGAGGUCACAAAUCACGUCUGUCUUGCAAGAAGACAAGCGCAAAGGCUUCCGCACCAUUAUGGAAUCGAUUUGGCAUGCUGUUGCGCCAAGGGGACACCCGUUUGCAAUGCUAAGCAACCAGACCUAUACACCCCUACCUAGGCCGGGGAUCUGGCUGCGAUGCCUUACUGCAAGACAAAUCCGAUUUGUGUACCCAAAUCCUGCGUCACGGAUUUCCAUUUCGAUAUGGGGAGGGGGGAUUUUUCCUUUUGAUAGUGGUGGGAGCAGAUUCUGGGGGCAGAAGACACGACGACGACGGACAGCUCAAAAAUCGCAACAGCGUUAUCUUCCUGCGCUGGUCCUUCUGUUGCCGAGGCCGCUGCGGCGGCGGAGGCGCUGCUGACUGCGGCAACAAGUGCGAAAUCUAAUACCGUUGCGGCCGCUAUUGAACAAGCACAGAAUAUUCAAACGGUAAAGCCCCCGCCCACAACCACCUCGACGAAAGACGAAUCUGUCGCCGUUUUGCAGGAAUUUUUAACCCAGAUUCAGGACGAGGACAAAAUCAAGAAAAUCAAGGAGCAGCAAACCCCAAAAGCGCUGACGCCCUUUUAUCCUGAGCAAAAACGUCCCCGCCCCAUAGUCAAGUUUGUAAAUCUGCAACACAAAUCGCCAAGCUUUGGGAGUUGUGCAUGACAAGUUUCCGUCUGUAGUAUACAUAGUGGUGCUUAGCAAGGCAAGCCGCAUGAGAAAGCCAAUUUCUCGUCCUGUUUUACAGCAUUAAAAAUGCCAAAUCGUGAUUGGAAAUGCCUCGCAUGGGUAUGCGCAUUACAAAUGUUCCUGUCAUUGCGCAUUUGCAUUACAACUCUGGGUUGGGGACGACGUUUUUGCUGAGGAUACCUUUCAACGCAACAAGCAGCUGAACGCGCAACCUUUUUUGUUGCUGCAGAAGAAGGAAUACGAGGAAACGGCUUCGGAAAUGGAAAAACCAGUCCCGGUACCCGUGCCGGCUGCAGGUAUUUAUAAAUUGAUACGGUGUAGUAAGUAUAGUCUGUUGUUCUAUCUUCAUAUUUCAAGAACUAAACUACAUCGGGAGGUGAUCUUUGUUGCUGUCGUGCUUGGCAUGCAUACGGAUCCACUCCAGGACGACCUUGGCAGAUGUCAUUCUUAUACGCAAGAACUACCCGAAAGAUGAACUCGGUACUAUGCAUCCAGUAUAACAACAACAUCUUCUCUUUCCGAGAAGAAGACGUCACAAAUAAACAAAACCUAUCAGGUUCCAAACCUCCAACCGGUGACAGUACUAGCAGUAGCGGCACGACCAGUUCUAGCGGCGACACUGCCAUCAAUACCACACCAAGCGGGCUUGCCUUGGAUAAGAAAGCCCGUGCGUUACAGCGGCAAAACCCGGUUUUUUUGUCCAGUAAGUACCUCGCGCCUGUUUCGACGAGUAAUGGUAAAUCCGGAGCAUGCGGUGGUUCCGAUGAGGAUACAGCGAAGAUGAAAAUAAUGGACGACAGAAUUCCGGUGGAUGAGUUAGUUUCGUUGAAACGAACCAACUCGAUGGCAAACGGGUCAUCUUCGUUGGCGGAGUGUCCUACUUCGGGAAGCAGGUUGGAAGUAGGGGAUACAAACACGACGACCCUACUUCUGCUCCUUCCGGGAACGUCAACGAGUAACAAGGGGACCAACAGGAGCAACAACUCUGAGCAGGAGGACGACAACAAUAAGAAAUCCACCGGGGCGGAAAACGAAAAAGUACCAUCCUCUGCGAGCAGUAGCGCCGCAGGCAGUGUCCUCAGUGCAGCUGCAGGAAGCAUUACAGGCCGGAACAAAAACAAUCCAAGCCGGGAGGAGAAAGUCGCGAACAAGGCGAAAAAUCGGGGCGUUCUUGGGCCACCCACGAAGGUGCAGCGACUCGGAUCGCCCGCGAAGAAUUUCAAUCCGUUUGGGUGAAAGAAGAUGACGCAGCUGGUGCUCCAGGGUUUUUAUUUUUUUUUCAGUUUUUUUUUUCGAUUGGUAUUGCUUGUGCUAUUCCUAUUGUUUCCAAAUGCAAGAACACGAUAAUUGUUGAAUUUUUUCACCUCCAUGCAUGUGAUCGUCGUACUUAUUUACCUCAUAACGCAAUUAUGCCUACUCUACUCCGAUGAUCGAUCAUUAAUUUACCACUUUGUUCCACCGCUACAUUGAGUUUUUUUCUCGCACCAUCGAAGUACCCACCUCUUCAUGGUUUUUUGACAACAUUUUUUGUUUCGCCGAGUCUAUUUCAGUUUCGCUUUCAUCAAACUAAGGAGUUCUUGCACUUGCUUGUGCAGGAGCAGGAGUGUCCUUCCAGUAUAAAAAAAAUGCAUGAUACGAUGUUUCAGCAGGUUCAUGCAGGGUCGGGUCAAUCAGUAUACUUUUUGAAUUCAAUGUAGGAUAGACAUGAAUGUCAUAGUUUUAUUCGUCAACAUGCGACGACUGUUAUUGUGUCUGCCGAAGGACGAGAUUUACUGAAAAAUUAUGAAAAACAACAUUGAAUAGAACCAUGUAAAUUACCAUUUGAGCAGUUGCGCUUCUUGUACAAUUUAAUUCAAUUUGAUUGUAAAAAAUGCUACAACGACUACUACAUGCUGUCGUCGCGGCCGCGGCCGUGGACGCCGAAUAAUUCUUGAAUGCAUACGAAACUGCUGCAGAUUUUUAGUACUUACUUGCUUUCCAUAAAUAUUGCUGGUAGUGACAAAAACACAAACUACGCCUCCACGCAGAAACGCUUGGGAUGUUGUAACAAAGCC